GGGUUUGAACGUGCCUUAAGUACGCGCGGUGCAUUAUGGGUACUGUCGCUUAAAAAAUGGCGGACGACGUAGAACAGCAACAGACCACAAACACGGUCGAGGAACCUCUCGAUCUCAUUCGGUUGAGUCUAGACGAGCGAAUUUAUGUGAAGAUGCGGAAUGACAGGGAGCUUCGCGGAAGGCUACAUGCUUAUGACCAGCAUUUGAACAUGAUUCUUGGGGAUGUGGAGGAGACGGUGACGACAGUGGAGAUUGAUGAGGAGACGUAUGAGGAAAUUUACAAGUCAACGAAGAGGAACAUUCCUAUGUUGUUUGUCCGUGGAGACGGAGUCGUGCUAGUCGCUCCGCCACUGAGAGUUGGAUAAGUUCUGAACAAAAGACAUUUGGACUGUAAAUUAUGGAUAUUGGAUUUUUUCUUUCUUCCAACAACUGAUUUGUAAUGUUUUUGUAUCUUUAGUUGAAAAAUGUUGCAGAAGUUAAUGUUACAUGCUAAUUCAAUUGUAUGUUUCAGUUAGCCACUUGAAGCUAUUAAGGAUUUUUCUCCAUCUGUGCUUCAUAUUCAAUAAAACAGUAAUUUCUGA